AUGACAAAGAACUUUUACCGCGAGUUAGACCCAGUGGAAGAGAAGAUUGUUCCGCCAGAAAACGCUACAGUAAUUUCCUCAGACGCUAAAGAGGCCACUAUUAAUGAAAAGGAAGCCAAGCAAGGCGUUCUUUCACAAAGAGUUAUGAGGUUUAUUGGAGAAAAUGAACUUGUAGACGGUAUUUCAGUACGUGAUCCAGCGUACAUGAAAAAAUUUUUCAAUGAAAGAAGACUAAAGUUGUCUGCCAAAUGGGAUAAAGCAGCAACGAAAAUAGAUGAGGUUGUCGGGAAGUAUUACGCUCGUGAAAAGAGUUUUACGUCGACUAUUGCAAGCUUACAUACUGACCCAGAAGAACGUCUAAUACCAGGCUUAUCGUCCACUUUAGUUGCCUUUAUGACAGGAUCUGUCUUAACGAGAAGAAGAACAUGGCUACUUCGUGCUACCAUGCCCCUUAUAUUGGGCUCAUGUUGCUUUGCGUAUGUAAUGCCAAGCACAUUCAAUAAUGUCAUGGGUCUUGCUCAUGAUUUAGAGAAGAACUCCUUUCCUAAAUUUGUUCAAAAACAAGAUCGUGCAUGGGGAAAAAUCAAAAGAUUCAGUAACACAUCUGCCCAGUAUUACCACGAUGCAAAGAAGUGGCUCAACAAAGAUGUAGAAAAAACAGGGGACGCAAUCAAAGACUGGACUGGGGUUAAUAUCAAAUAA